CUCACAAAGCCCACAAUCUCAACCGCUUUGAAGCCCCUCUCCGCCGUCCACAGCCCCCAGGCAUAUUCCGACACGACAAAUUUCAAUAUGCCCGGCCCCACGACCACGCUUCUGAUCGAGGGCAGCUUCGAGGAGCUUGCCGACGAGCUCGCACAAUACAUCGACAACCUCAAAAAAUCCAACGGCGACGAAAGCUCCAAUAUUCAAUCCGAGACUGCGGCGCAUUUGAAGGAGAACAAGAAAGAUGAAGCCCUCAAAAAGCUCAUCAUGGGCAGCCAGACGCUCAACCAGGCACCGGAGAAGGAAUUCAUAGCGGCAUACAACCUCCUGAUCCACCUCGUACGGCAGUCGCCUAACCUUCCCAUGUUCCUCCCCAAGAUUUGCGCGCACCUGAGCGCUCCCAUAACGUCCUCGCCUCAAAAUGGUGGCGGUUUGGCUCUGUCCGUCCUCGGCACUGUCUUCAACACACUUCCCCAGGAACAUGUCGAGAUGCGCUUCCACAUCUUGCUCGCAGUGCUACGCGUGAUCCGGGCUACUUCCAACUUCGAGACUCUGCGACCGCAACUCAAGCAGCUGGACAAAUGGCUGGAGGAUUGGGAUAUGGACGAGGCCGAGGACCGUAAACUGUACCUGGCUGUGAGCGAUGUCGCAGGCGAAGCGGGAGAGGAUGAGCAGGCCUACACAUAUCUUCUUCGCGCUCUUCGCACCUUCCCUUCGGAAGAAGUUUCCUCGACCGAGGCCCGUGAAUUGUCUCUCCGUGCUCUCAAGUCCGCCCUCACACACCCCACGCACUUCGACUUCCAGGACCUUACCGACCUCGACUCCAUUCAAGCCCUCCGAAAUACCGAUCCGAUAUACUUCCAGCUCCUCGAGAUCUUCAACUCGGACUUGCUGGACGACUUCAACGACUUCAAGGACGAGCACGACGGUUGGGUGGAGGAGUCUGGGUUGGACGGCAACCUGUUGAACCGCAAGAUGCGGUUGCUCACCCUGGCCUCCAUAUCCGCAUCCAGCGGUCAGUCCCGAUCGCUGCCAUACGCAAGCAUCGCCAAGGCACUUCAAAUCCCAUCCGAGGAUGUCGAGAUGUGGGUUAUCGACGUGAUCCGUGCCGGACUUGUAGAAGGCAAGCUCAGCCAGUUGAACCAGACCUUCCUCAUCCACCGCUCGACAUACCGCGUUUUCGGCGAUAACCAAUGGAGGGAGGUAUCAUCGCGAUUGGAUUUGUGGCGAAACAGCCUGCAAGGCGUGCUUCAGGUGAUUCAGCAAGAGAAGCAGCGGUUUGUAGAGGAGAAGGAACACGAGGCGAACAAGGUGGAGCAAAAGUUGGAGCAGGCGCAGCGGGGUGGACGACGUGAUAACAAGCCCAAACAGAGGCCCAUGAUUGACGACGAGAUGGAUUAG